AGCCAUCUAACGACGCUAAUGCUAAUAUGAAGUGGGCCGUUUACGGCGAUCUGGCAGCCAGUGAUUCCGUGGGUUUGUAGCACCGGAUUGGUUGUGUCCGGUUAUUUGCUCGUGAAUUUUGUCAGAUAUGCGUUAGUGCAGAAAUCUGUGAUUUACUGUUAAAUGUAAUCUUAAUCUGCUUUUUUUGGAUGCGAUGCUACCCGUGGACGUGAGCUGUCUACUGAAGGGGCACUGUUCUUAAUGCAUAAUUUCGAGUCAAAGUACACCUUUUCAUGCCUUGAUGGGCACAUGCUACUCAAGUAAGAGCAAGUCAGCAUCGCAGCCAUACUCCUCUGCUCCCAUGUCGGCUUCUUCUUCCCAAGAUAGUGCGCUACGUCUACCACGUGCCACGCCUUACACAAGGGGAACAGUUGCCCCUGCAGAUACGUCGGAGGUUAACUUCCGGCGCUGUAUUCCUCCCCCUACUAAAUACCGUGCCAAUACUGUACAGUCCGGAAAUCUGCAAGGCAAUGCCAGUGCUACAGUCACAACAAACUUUGCAGAGAAGAGCAGGAGAGCUGUGACUGACAAUAUUGAUGUGAACAAUCCCAGCUUCAAUAACAACUUCGAGGAUGAAAGUGCAUCCCGAGAUUUCACAAACCUUAAGAAGGGUGUCCUUGACAGUGGUAAACCAAAUGUUACAGACAGUUCCUCAUUCCAGCUUAGAACUGAGGGGCCCAAAGCAUCUUCUGAGAACUCUGAGCGCAUACAAUAUGGGGCCACCAAAAUUCCAACUAAGAUUACAGCGCACUUAAGUGGGCUUCCCAAACCUCAGGUUGCCGUUGUCACAACCAGAGUGCCACCUGUACCACAGCGGGCUGCGAGUGAGAAGUUGCACGCAGAAACUCGCAUCUCUAACCAACCAGUGGGAGACGCUGCAGCAAAGCGGGCUGGUUGCCAGCAGCGUGUGUCGCCGGACAAGGAGAGCAUUUCAGACAGGAGCCACAGCGGAGACAGCGGUAGCACCGACUACGACUCUGGUCUGGGCCACUCUCUGGGUGACCCACCUACUGGCAGUGAGAGUGGCGGGAAGGCUCAGAGCAGCAGCACGACGCUACAGGUGGAGUCGUCGCCUGUUUUAACGGAGGCUGUGGGUGUAGGAAAUGAGUUGGACUCGACUGUGCUGCCCACAACGCUCCCUGUUGGAACACAACUGGCUACAGUUGAUGGAAAUGCCUCCAAGAUGGGUGUCUAUGACCAGCCGGACUCCUACGCGGCAUACCGGGGAAUCCUGUCUUAUCGGCGCAUCACUCCAUUAAAGAAAUAUUCAGAGGCUCCUCAGUGGAAGCGAACUGUUGAACCAAAGACCACUAAGGGCUUCAGUAGCCCAACUAGGGCUGUCAUUGCCAGGGGAAUACUGACCAAGGGUGCCAAGGCAGCUCACGCAGCAAAGGAUGGCUCACCGGAGCGAAAGAAAGAGGGAGUUGCGAAAGGACCUCCACUACCAUCAGCUCCACUAAGCCCAAGCAAGGAAGAAAAAUGCGCUGGUUUUCUCAGCCCCACAUCAGACGGAUUUUUAAUUGAUGAUGAUAUCUCUGAUCAGCCGGGGCUGAUUGCCCUGGAGCGGUCUCGAGGAAGAGCGGCACCAUCAGUGAAAAAGUCUAUCUUUGAGUUGCAUGCUCUACAGUCAUUUAGUGGACGACAGUCUAAAGUUGACCGUACAUUGGAUGACCUCCACCCCUUAUGUUCUGAUGCCGGAUCAUCUUGUUCAAGCCUGGGCUCUGAUGACCUUAUGCUGGACUUUGAAACUAGUAUGUGCAAGGAUUCCACAGAAGUUGCAUCCAGUCCUGUUAAAUAUACCGGAACACAAUUGAGAAGGGUUGCACGACCAUCUGUUGCUUCUCAAGCAGAAAAGAGGAACUCGUGGGACAGUAAUCACUCAGAUGAAGGGGCAGCCUUGCGCCGAGCAUCCGACUCUCUCUCAUCCCGAUGGCCUCUGAAAACACCAUCCAGUGGUGCCAUUCCAGGCGAAGCACGUCCGCGCACUGUCAGCUUACCCCUGCGGCCGCCUCGUCAGGUGGUGAUGCAGGAGUGUGAUGAUGGCAGUGUGAAGUUGGACUCAUCUUCGUACCGGUCAGUGUGCCAGGACCUCAAUGGACUGAAGACAAUGCUCCUCAAGCUGCGCCGCAUACUGCAGGAUGCUGAAACACUAAAUCCCUUUGAACUCUCCACUAAGAACUACUUCUAUCAUGCGCUGGCUAGUACUGACCUGCCUCAUGGUUUUACGCACACCCCGACUGGUGACACGCCUGAUUUCAACCCCAUUGAUCCCACUGAUGUUAUGCAGGAAAAUAUGGACCUGAAGCGACAACUUAUUUUGAUGCAGCAGCAGUUAGAAGACAAAGACCGCACAAUUCACCUUCUUCAGCAGCAAAUGACCAAAUACAUGGAUAUUACCAGUGUUGAAAAAAAUCCCGUUAAAAUCAAUGCUGCAGUGCAGACAGAAAAGCCAAAAUUUCUUCAAAGCAUCUCAUCUUCAGAAGAGAGUUCUUCUCAGGGGCAUUUAGUCAGUUCUGAUAUGAAGAGCGCCCUUGAAGAGCAUUUCAAAUCGAGUUCCAUUUGCCAUGCAGCUUUUCGUGACAAGAUUGAGAAUGUGUCCAAGAGUCUGAGCAACAUCACGCAGGCUUUGCGACUGCACAGUUCAAAGCCACACCUGCCUGGCAGGUCUCAGUCAAGUUUGGAACUGCUUUCACCAGCUAAUAAGUAGUUUAGUUGGUGUAAGUUCAGAAGGCUAUGGUACAUGUGAUCCCAGGAAUGUGUUGUCAAGAGGUCAUCUCUUUCUGUUCAUAUAUUUUACUUUUCAAACUCAUUUGUAUUUCAACGUGGUGUUACGCUGAAUUGGUAAAUUUGGUUUUGUAAUGUAAUAUGCUCAUAAGUUCUUAAACUUGACUUAUGGACCAUUGCAGUUUGGUUUCAGCCAAAGAAAUUCUAUUCAUUUUCAUUUAUUUUAGUGAUAAAAAAAGGGUGGGGGGGCAUAACCACCAAUCUGCAUCGCCUUUUAUUGGGACCAUUUGCAAAGUUAAUGUUGCAGGGAGUAGUAAAACAGAAUGAAUUAACAUGAUGGCUGCUUGGAGAUUUGGCUCUUGUAGUAAUUUCUCCAGUGGCACCAAUUGUGCAUUCACUUUUGCGCUUGUCCAUGGGAGCUUGGUACUUCAGGGGAAUUAACUACUGUAGUGUUUUGCGUAUUGUGAAGUUUUAAAGGACUGUUAUAGUUAUGUAGCACUUGUCAUUAUGGGUCAGCCAGAUAUUUCUUGUUUCAUUAUUUGUCCGAUCACUGGGUAUGUAUAUGAGUCUGCAAUAAGGUAAGGCAGCCUUAGCUCUACUGCAUUUCUACCAUGUCGCAGAACAUACUUUUCAUUUAUUGCCUUUACUGUACUGUGUUGCAAAAAAAAAGUUUGAGGUUCACUGCGAAUGGCAACUGUUGCUUGUCUAUUUAGUUAGUUUCUGUUGAGCCAUUUGUUGCUGGUUGCAAACAUCUGGGCAGUGUGUACAGCUCAUAGUUGGUCUACCCACCACAUGCUACCAUUACUGGUAACUGUCCGAGCUGCAGCUUCUUGUCUUGAGAAGGCACUUUGUGUGCUUCAAGAGGCAUUUUUCAUUCCAAGGCAGCUGUUUCUGUCAGUUCUACUUUCCCUUCCCUCUUGCUACAAAUUUAAGGUUGUGCAGUUGAGUACAAGACAAUGUACACAAAUGCUGGAGGCGUUAUCUGUAUGAUGCCUUAAGCAGCUAAAUGUAACAUAAACAUCGUUACUGAAGUGUAACAUCAACAUAUAGUAGAUUUAUUUUUGAAUUGCAGGCAAAUGGGCACAUUUGCUUUGAGUGGAUGCAAAGUUAUGGCUUCAGUUAGGUGGCCAAACUCUCAGAAAACAUGUUUGACUUAUCUGUAGACAUGCUGUUAUUUCGUGUUUUCUUGUAAGCUGCUUUUUUCUUUGUGUGUGUCCAUUUUUUAUGGCGGUCGGCAAGAUUACAGUAGCUCGCGUUGUCCACACCAUUGAAAAAUGUGCUGCUCUUCAUUUUUAGAAAAGCAUGAAGGUAUAAAGCAUUUAAAUUUCUAGAAGCUUUGGCAUGUGUAACUAGACAUGUCACAGCUUUGCUGUAAA